AUGGCCUCUUCAAAGGUACUGCCGACUGGAAAUCCAACAUUCUUCACGGCCUUUGAGCCAACACCGUCUAUCGAUGUCUACAAAUGCAGGGUCGCUCCCGAAAUCCCAUACGCGCAAUCAUUCCAAUUCGGUGUCCUCCGGCUCGCUCAUCCCAAGCCACCGGGUGACACGUCGGAAGAGCGUCUCUACGAAUACCGUCAGCAAUGUCGCCGCAAUGGUGGCCGCAGUGAGAGAGGCGGGAGGAGACGCUUCAUUGGGGAUGCCCAUCGCCAGCCGGCGAAACACAAUGUCCAAGACCUGCCGAGCCACAGAAUGCGGAUGGCAUCGAGCGGGAAAUCGGACCGGGGCGAGAGUGCGAUUGACGACGACCAGAACGACGACAUGGAGGACGAGGAAACAUCGGGCUUCAAACAAUCGCGGAUGAGAAGGGCCAGCGAGGGCCAACACCUCAUGAAGGAUGGCAAGAAAUCUAGUGGCGGUGAUCUCAAGUGUGACAAGUGUGGAAAGGGAUACAAGCACAGCAGUUGCUUGACCAAGCAUUUAUGGGAGCAUACACCAGAAUGGUCUUACACUUCCAAAUUGCUCAUCUCAAAGCACCAGCAGGUGCAGCUUUUGGAAGCCGCCUCCGUCCUGGUAGCCAUGAACCAGGAUGGCACUACCCCUCCGGAUUCCGCUAAGGAUUUCCAGAGCGAUCAGGACUCGGCAUCCCCAGCAGCCUCGGGUUCGUCCGAACCCAACGACCGGGCCAGCUCGGCAGAUACGACGCCCCCUCCCCACGCAGACAUGUCCAAUGUCUAUGCCAAUGGAUCAUACACCGGUAGACACAAGAGAUACGGUAGCGGGAUUGGCUUCUCUCGCUCAUACCAAUCUGCACCUUCGGCCAAUCCUCAACAAGGCGGAAGUGUGCCCAUAGGAUCUGGCUUCGGGCAUUAUCGCCAACCAAGCCACGAGCGCCGCCCACCAUCGUCUGGCAUCAGCCGUAAUAUGGAGGAUGAUGGGUUGGCGGCUGCUGUCGAACUCCUGUCUUGCAGCUUCGGAAGCGCUGGAACCCCUCGGUCUAUUCCCGUUACGCUUCCGGAGGAUGCUCCACCUGUGCCUCAUAUCCCGGCACAAUACCUCAGUCAAGAUGCGUUCUCGGGAUCCGCAUUGACCCCGAAUCAACACCCUCGACAGCCUGAGAGCUACACCCGUCACCGUGUCCACCUCGAUGGAGAUGUAAAGAUGGACGAGAGCGAGGAGAGCGUCGUAGAUGACGAUGACUAUGACCGUCGGUCGAGGGGCCGUAGCGACGAAGAUGACGAUGGUGUUUUCGGUCGUAUGGAGGAGUAA